AUGCGCGCCUCGGGGCUUCGCCUCCCUCCGCCGUGUUGUUACGGCGGGGCGGCGUCGGCAGCUGCGUCUCCCGCCCCAGUCCCCCGUCUGAGCGUCUCUUCUCGCGUUUCGUCUGCGCGCCUUCCAGCUUCUCGAUCUUCUCCCUCUCCGAUAUAUCUCUCGUCUCUCGCUUCCUCCGCCUCUUCUGUCGCCUCUGUGCUACCCGCGUCGGCGCUGUCCUCUCGUCUCCCCUUCCCUGUGGCGGCGGCCUCUGCGGCGUCGUCUCACUCGGUGGGCGUCCCUCGAGCUCGUUCUCUCGCGUCAGCCUCCUCUCCGCCGCCUCGCUCUUCGUCUGCCUUGCCGUUAGCGCCGCAGUCGAGUAAAGUCGACGCACUCUCCGAGGUCUCUGAGCGCUUUGAAGAGGCCUUCGAAGAAACGGGUCUCGGGCAAGACGAGUAUGGCGCACUCUCGGAUUCGCCGGCGGCCUUCGUCUUCCGCGUUAAACCUGGGACUGCAGACAAGCGAGCAAGUCUCGCAAAACAGAGCAAAAUCAGGCGCGCGGCAAGCUACUUCCUUCCAGCGGAGUCGGCGGACGCCGCUUCAGUCCCUGCGUUUUCGGCGCGGAAGAAGCGCGCCUCACGCUUCUCACUCGAGGGGCUUAAGGUGGACGAGGGCCCGUACCAGAAGUCGCUGUGGGAGGAACUCAAGGAGGAGGAAAAACGCAGCCAGCAGAACCGCGAGAUCCGCGAGGCGCGGCGCACGGUGCGCAUUCUCGGCGUGACUGCGUCGGCGGCUUUGAUGCGCGACAGCGACCUCGGGGGAGACGCACAGAAUGCGGCCGCGAGUGCAUUUCUGCGAGAUGACCGCGCGGAAAUCGAGGACGAAGAGGUGGCGGUCGAGGGAGACGGCGGGACGCGCGCUGUGCCCCCCCGCCGCGCCUGGCAGGGCCUCGACGGCGACGCAGCCGCGCUGCUGCAGAAGGAAGAAGACUGGGUCCGACGCAGGAGGGAGAAAGACGAGCGGAGACAGAGCUACAGAGGCGUGAGGGAGGAAGAGGUCGCCGACGCGCAGGCGGCGCGUGCGUUUCUGCGCGGGAAGAAGCCCCGCAGCCUCGGCGGCGGCGCGCUGCUGGAGGGCGAAGAGCCGAGGCUUAUGGCCGGAAGGCCGAGCGGGGAGGUGGACGACGCUUACCCCACGGUGACGGCCUCACGGGGACGGUCCUCGAUCGAGAAGACGCAGAGAAGGCGCGAGGAAGAAGAAGAGCGGCGGCUGGCGGAAGCCAUGAAAGAAGACGAGAAGUCUGCGACGGCCGCGAGCCUGGGGAGUCCCGCAGAGCAGAUGCGCUGGCUAGCCGACCUGGAAGAGCGCGAAGGCAUCAAGGGCGGCAUCCAAGUCCUGCAGCGGGUCCGCACCAGAGAAGAGGAAGAAGAGGCGCGGAGAAGCGAAGAGGAAGAGGAAGAGGAGGAUGCGCGCGACCCAUUCGAGGCUCCGGAGGAAGUGCAUCACGGCGAGCGGAGGCGGGUCACGCGCGGGCGCCGUCGUCGCGGGAGCGAGAAGGCAGAGGCCAGCGGACACGAAGAGAGCGCGGAUGCGGAAGACGUGGCGCCGGGGGGACAGGACAGGCGCCGAAGCGUCGAGACGCUGCUCGGCGAACCAACUCGGGGAUACCGACGCGCUCGGGAGGGGGGGAAGGGGGAAUCCGGCGCUGUCGCUGCGCGCGAGUUUCCAUCUUCUCUCUCGCCGUCUUCGUCUUCCACUCGGCCUUCGCCCCGCGAAUGCGGACUGCGGGAGCGCAGGAGGGGAGAAGAAAUCGACGCGUUCAGUCCGGAGAAGUUGGUGGAGGAGAUGACGAAAGUGAAGCGAGAGAUCUGGACCGAGCUUUCUCCGCAGCAGCUUCAAAUCCAACUGAAGAUCGUCAGGGCCAAGUCCGUCGGUCAGGUUCUUGCGGCGAUCGAAAGCGCGUCACAGCAAGCUCCUGAGCCUCCUCCUCCUCCGCGCUCUUCAUCCGGAGACCUUCCUUUAAUCGACGACUUGCCUUUGAUCAACGACUUGUCUUCGGCUACCUCCUCUGUGCCUGUCAAGUCGGGUUCCGCGUCUUCCGGCGCCCUUCCGGACUCACUCCUCUCCUCCGCACCCGCGCUGCCCCUCUCCUUCUCCGCGUCUCUCGCGCCGUCGCCCCUGUCGGCCCCGCUGGCGUCCACGCUGCAUCACAUGAGCAUGGUGACGGCCUGUCACAAGCUGGGGCGUUUGGCGAGUCCGGCGCAGGCUCUGUCUGUGAAGAAGGACGAGCGGUUUCUCGCGCUCUGCGAUGCGGCGGAGGCGGCGCUUCCGCGGAUCUCCGUCGGCGGCCAGUGUCUUCUUCUGUGGGGCCUCGUGCGGCUCGAGUAUGCGCCGCGCUGGCUGCCUGAGCUCCUGCGCCGUUGCACCGCUGGCGUGCCUCACAUGAGCGUCAAGCAGCUCGCCUGCGCGCUGUUCUGCGUCAGCAAACUCGCGUUCCCCGUGCGAGACGGCGUAGCGCUCCAGGCGGCGCUGCUCGACGCGCUCAAGCACGGGCCCCACCUUGCUGCCGCUGUCCCUCCGGCUGCGGCUCCAGCGUGCCUUCCUGCGGCGACGGCGCUCGUCCCUCGGGAGGCCGACGCACACGACGCGGAAGACGCAGAAGCCGAAGGAGGAGCUCAAGGGGCGCGAGGCGACGAAGAGGGCUUUUCGGCGCGUGAGGCGUGUCCAGGGACCCUCGCGUGCAUCUGCGGCUCCCUCGCGCGCCUGCGCGUGAAGGACCAAGCUCUGUUCCUUCAGCUCGCGACCGCAGUGCGGCACGCGGUGCCGGCGAUGUCUGGUGGCGAACUCGCGCUCGUUGGCUGGGCCUACGGCACGGUGGGCUUCGUUGACCGAGGCCUCUUCCAAGACCUCAAACGCGAGCUGGAGACGCGCAUCGACGGCUGUGCGGCGCGAGAAAUCGUCACACUCGCGUGGGCGUUCGCCAGAGCGGGGGAAGCCGACCAGGACUUCUUUCGACUGACGAUCGCGCCGGCGAUCCGCGCCUUCAUCGGCGACCUCCGCGCCAAGGAGCUCGGCCUCCUCGCCUGGGCGUACGGAGAAGUCGGAGUAGUGGAUCAGGAUUUCUUUGCAGACUUGAACUACGCGAUGCUGCCCAAGGUGAAGCACUUCACGCCGCACGACAUCAUGCUGAUAGUGCCGACGUUCGCGCAGCUGGGCUUCGGCAGCCGCGAGCUGCUUCGCGCCCUGCAGAAGCAGACGCUCAAGGUGCUCCCGGCGUUUUCUCCGCUUCAGCUGUCGCGGACGAUUUACGGCUUUGGCCUCGCGGCGACGCUCGUCCCCGAUGCGCGGUUUUUCGCAGAGUGCGCAGACUUGGUGCAGAAGCGGCUUCACACGUUCUAUCCGCAGAAUAUCGUCCACAUUCUCGUGGGGCUGUCUGAGGCGGAGUACCUCUCGCACCCGGCUGUGCCGCUGCUUCUCGACAAGUGCGCAAAGAUCACGCCUGAGUUCUUCGCGGAGGACUGCGUGCAGCUGCUUUACAUCUUGGCGAAGCUCCCCCCGGAGCGCCGCGGGCCCGCUGCGCUCGUUCCCCUGCUGCUGCAGCAGCUGCAGAACAAAGUCCGCCUUUUUUGGUCGCUCGACAGCCCCGCCGUCUGCGAUCUGCUGGAAGCCGUCCACACACUCGGCGUCGCCGACGAACAGCUUCUGCACAUGACCAUGCGGCGGCUGGGUCACCUCAUCGACGCCUCUUCCCUCCGGGACUUUUUGCGCACGCUCGGCUGCCUCGCCUCCCUCUCCUCGGUCAACCGCCUGCUGCUGCGCACGCACAUCCACAGGAGGCAAAAAGUGCAAAAGGCGCUGAGCAACAAACUCGCGAUCCUCGCCAACGCAUGCGACUCUGGAGACGGCCGCGGCGCCGAGGCAGGGCGAGCGGACGCGCAGGGAGAGAAGGAAACGCGGAAGAGACGAAGAGACAUCCAGUCCAGGAUUGUCAUUCUGCACGCAUGCGCGAAACUUGGCUUCCACGACGAAAACGUUGCGCGAAUCCUGGACGACGUCCAGCAGGCCGUCGAGGUCGAGGGGCAGCUCCUGUCCCUUCCGGCGUUCUGCUACCUCGUCUGGGCCUUGGCUGAGACGAACGCGAAAAUCGGCUGGACGCGCUCCCUCCUGCGGUACGCCCUCCACCGGCGGUACAGCGGCGCGUCGGCGCCGCCGCUCCUUCAGCUGGUUCAGGACCGCGAAGCCUACGCCCGCAUGCACGACCUGGCUAGCUACGCAGGCGGCGAGCUGUUCCUUUCGUCGUAUUCGCCGGGCGAGGUCGGCGGUCGCGAAGGCGAGAGGCCGGCAGAAAGCGGCGGGAAGGAGGAGAGGAACGAGCCAGGAGGGCACGAGGAAGUACUCGCAAGAAGAGAAGAGGAAGCGAGCCGAGACAAGGAAGUCGGUCAAGCGCUGCUGAAGCUCGCUUUUGCAGCCGUCGUGUUGGGCGAGGAGGAGUUCCUCAUUCCUCUUCUCGAGGAAGCCGUCGAGCGGCUUCGCGGCGCGCUUCCCGUGGAGAUUUUGAACGCGCAACAAGUUUGUCUCCACGUGCGGGAUCUGGCCGCUCCGCCUCCGCGGCUGUCGCCCGCCCUCGCUGAAUGGAUUGAGACGGUACUUUCGACCCCGCGCUACGACGUCUUCUUUGAGUCGCCGCAGAAGUUCCGCCUGCUAGACCGCCGGCUCAGAGUGCGCGACUUCAAUUACGAUAAAUGGAUCACGGACCCCCUCAUCGAAAUGCGCGUGCCUCACAAAAGCACGUUCGUUGUGUCGAAUAUCUACCGCGUCAGCGCGGCGUUCCCCCUAGAGAAGCAUCUUAUUGACGUCUUAACGUUCCAGGAUCUCCUCUGUCCGUCGAAUUGCCCGUCCGGGACCGCGGAGUUGCGGCAGCGCCAGCUUUCCCUCCUGGGGUGGACGGUUCACUCAGUUCACCUGCGUUCUCUGUACAACGCCCUGGCGCACCACAACCUUCGCUACUUGGUGUCGAGUAUCGCGGCGAGCUUCAGUGAAGAGGCGAGGCAGUGGGUGACCUUCCGCGCCGGUCCCGCGCUGGAGGGCGAACGGGAAGGAGAGAAGGGGAGCGUGGACCUAUGCGCAAGAGACGGGGUCGCCUCAAAGCAGCAGCGCGGCGCGUCGGGCGAUGCAGCGGAACAAAACGGCCUCACGUCUCAGCCAGAUAUUUUCGAGCUGGUUGACGACGAAGCGUGCAAUGGCUCCCGCAGUGGACUCCGGGAUCCCUGGGGAGGAGUAAAGUCCCUCAGUGGGGGUCAGCGCAUCGUUCGCAGGUCGACGGCGAGACCUGAAGCGAUUCAGGAACUAAGGAUGGUGGACGCCGACCGCGAGCUUCAAGGCCAAGUUUCUACGAGUGUGUCAGGAGAGAGUGGCGAAAAUGACGCACUAGAAGAGGCCUACCGACGUGUCAUAUCCAAGUCUUGA